AUGUGGGAGUACUACUCAGGAAAGAUUUUGUUCAUCACAGGUGCCUCGGGCUUUCUGGGAACGGCCCUGCUCUACCGCAUCAUCUCGCAAGCGCCUGUGGCUCAUAUAUAUUUGCUCUGCAGGGGUGGUUUGCCGCGUCUUAAAGAAGUAUGGCGUCAAUACCUACCCUCCAAGUAUAUCGAGUGCCUCUGUGAUACCGAGUUCGUCACUGUUAUCAAAGGCGAUUGCCUCGAACCUAACCUUGGUAUCGACGAGGAUCAUCUUCAAGCUUUACAAGAACGCGUCAACAUCGUCAUUCAUACAGCUUCACCAAUUAACCUCAUGAGUUCUCUGGAGAAAUUAGCAAAACCAGUCAUUCACGGGAGCGAGAAUGUCGCCCACUUUGCCUUACGCUGCCAUCAGCUCGAUCGCUUCGUAUACGUUUCAACGGCAUAUGUAAACGCCUUCCUUUACCAGGAAUCGGAUGAUAAUGACCCCGACGUGGAGGAGACAAUUUACCCUCUGGGUCGCGGAUGGAUAUCAAACGUAUGGGACGAGUGGAAGCAAGUACAGCGAGAAGGCGACUCGCUGGAAUACAACGCGCACAAUUUCCCCUGGCCCUACGGCUACGCCAAACAUCUGACCGAGCGACUUGUUCUCAACAAAUUCAGCGCCGCCGGUAAAGCAGAGAAGCUUCUCAUUCUCCGGCCGUCGGUGAUAGCGCCCGCCCAAACCUUCCCAUACCAGGGGUUCAGCGUACCGAAAUCAACCCCAACGACGGUGUUCGCGGCGGGUUUUAUUCUCACUCCGGUCUUAGUCGCCCGUGUGGCAAGUCGGGCUACCGACCCGGACACAGAAUCAACGAUCGACGAGGUCCCCGUUGAUGUCGUGGUGGAUAGACUGCUGGUUCACCUUGCGAAGGGAACAACGGGACCUGUUCAUGCAGUGGCUGGCACAAGAGCGCGAUACAUAUUCCAAGAUUUCUGGGCGCAGGCGAUGGCACUGCGGAGGUUUCCUUGGCCUCUAUGGAAGAAGUGGUUGGAUGUGGAUUGGCGGUCAAGGUUGCUGCACCCGAUUGCUCGCGUGUAUGUCAUAUAUGCGGCUUCGUAUAGAUUCUCCGAAGCGAAGACAGUUUCACUGAGGAAGAGCUUGAGUGAGAAGGAAAGUUCGGAACUGCAGUUGUUCACAUCAGGGUCCAGGAAGGGAGUGGACCUUGCAGCGAGGGAAAACCAGAUCCGGCUCGUUGCGGAGCAGUUCGCCGCGAAGGGGUUUCUUAGUCGGAUCUUGUUUAGGUUGUUUUAUGCAUCGGGUUUCUUCUAA